AUGUCUCUCAAAUCAUCCAAGAUGAUCAAGUUCAUUUGCUUGUCUAUCGUAGCUUGUCUUUUCAUUGUUAGUUCUUCUUCAAAGCCAUUCUCUUCCAAAUCAGACAUUACAAAGUUAGAUACUAUAUCUAAAUCUACUUCCAAGAUCAACAAGAAGAAAACCAAAGAAGAAGAAGAAUUUAUCAGUUUUACAGAUUGGAAGGCUCGAAGAGAUGCAAAAAGAAAUGAAGAAAGUAGUAGUUCAGGUCAUAAAAUGAAAUCUCAAUCAAACUAUUGGAAUGAAAUUGAUGAUGAUGAUGACAAUGACGAUGGACCACCAGGAUUUAAUUCACCUUUAAUCCAUUAUCCAAAAGACGUUGAUCACUCAGGAGAAGAUGACUCUAAAAAGACAUAUUUCAGGACAUUGUCUGAGAAACUUCUUGAUCAGCCUGAAGAUACAUCUGAAGUCAAUGAGUCAGACUAUUUUGAAACUUUCGAGGAAUGGAAAUCUGUAUUAAAAAACCCUUCAAAGUCAAAGAAUAAUCACUGGAGAAAAUGA